AUGUAACACAUGCGUUCGUGGUCACAAGGUGAUUGUGAUAUUAUGGAGGUUAAAAGUAUUAUAUUAUUGUGUUUGGGGUUCAUUUUUAUAGGUUUAGCUAUUGGAACGUUAGAAAUUUUUUACAAUUCUACAAGUUCUACCGACAGAAAGCGGCUGCAAAACAGUUUUAACUGUACUCUUCCUCUACAAUUAGAGAAUGGAAGGUGGCUAGUAACUGAAGCAGAUGUUCAAUCUAGUGGUCAAAUAGAGGUUAAAACAAUAUUAAGAUUAGAGUGUCACGAUGGUUAUCAGUUAAACCCUAAUAUUUCUCUACAUUUUUGUGAUAGCAACUGGAAUGAAACAGCUUUUCCAACGUGUAAAAGAGUGUGCCCCAAACCUUCAUUGCCGAGUGGAACACAAAUACACUGUAAAAACUCGAAAGAUCAAUAUAUAGACUGUACAGAUCUUGCUGAUGGCAGCAGUAUAACGUUUACAUGUCCAAACGGUUUUAUAUCAGAUAACGGCACACCGAUUAGCACAAGGUACUGUACAAAUGGAGCCUAUGGUAAUUCUGUACCUUCUUGUUCAGAAAUUAAACAAAAGACUGUGUACGUAUCACCAAAAACCUUAAUUAAUUCAACGACGCCAGACUCUAAUUCAACUAAUAAAGAUGCAAAAAAAGUGAUAUGUACUUACGCGAGCUCGAUGGCAUAUAAUGGCUCAUAUCCAGAAAAUGUUGAGCCUAGAUUAUGCACUCAUCUAAUUUACCAAUUUAUUGAACUUAGUGAAAACGGAGAUUUGGAUCUGAAGGAAAAGGGAAAAGAUUUACUUAAAAUGACGAGGGAUUUAAAAACGAAAAAUAAGAAUUUGAAAGUACUAAUUAGCGUAGGUGGCAACAACGCUACUGACUCACCUUUAAAAAGUCUUUCCAUGGAUAACAAAAAAGUAGAGUCUUUUAUUUCUAGUGCCACCAAUAUAAUACAGACCUACAGUUUGGAUGGAUUGGAUUUUUACUGGAUAUUCCCAGAACUCGAUGAAAAGGCUAGAUACGUUAAUCUGUUGGACGAAAUUAAACGUAGGUUCGAAUAUCACGGAUGGCUAUUGAGUGUUACUGUAUAUCCUGUACUGGAAAAAACUGGAUACGAUCUUCAAGAAAUUAAUAGGAUAGUAGACUGGGUAACUAUUAAGUCACUUGAUAUCUAUGGAACUUGGCUUUCUUAUAUUGGGAACAGCUCUAUAUAUAAUUUUUCCAUGGAUAACUACUGGGAUGAAGAGCAUUUUAAAAAGGAUACAAUUGUAAAAAGCUGGCUUAAUGCAGGUCUAUCUAAAAAGAAAUUGAUUAUGGGAGUUGAAUUUUAUGGAAUCAGUUUUAGAGUAAAAAAUAAAAAUCAAACUGAUGUAGAAGAUCCAAUUGAAAUAGGCAGAUUUAGAUAUUAUGAGACCUGCUCAGAUUUCCGUAAUUUUAAAAGAGGUUGGGAUAAUGCCACAAAAACAGUUUAUUUUUCUAAUAGUACGUUCUGGAUUGGUUUCAACGACGCACUUUCUACUUGGUGGAAAGGCUACUACGUAAAACAAAAUGAAUUGGGUGGUGUUGCUAUUUUUUCUUUAGAAGAUGAUGAUUACAAAGGAGUUUGUGGACAAAAACAUCCACUAUUGCAGGGUUUACAUAAUGGUUUAGGAUACUUUAUUGAUUGGAAGAAACUGGGUUACUAAUAAAUUUAGAAGUAAAUUG